AAACAUUAUUAUUUUGAACAAGUUCAUCGCCAUCAACAGAAUAAAAGAGCAAAAUGACCCAUUUAAAUACGGUUUAUUUAGUGGUUGGAGGUGGUAUAGCUGGAGUGACUUGUGUUGAAUCUUUAGCUAUUUUACAUCCAGAGGAAAGUCUGGUCCUGAUAACUGCAUCAUCCCUGGUAAAAAAUGUCAGUAAUGUGAGUUUUUUCGCCAAGACGAUAGUCAAGUUUGACGUUAAUGAAACUGAGGCAAGUUCUCUCCAAAAGAUUCAUCCAAACUUAAGAAUUGUGUAUGAUUCUCUCAAGCAAAUAGACACCAAAAAUAAAAUAGCAAUUACUGAUGGUGCUGUAGAAGUGAGAUAUAAUGUAAUAUGCAUUUGUACUGGUGGUAUACCAAGACUUAUAUCAGAUUCAAGUAAAUCUAAGAGAAUAUUAGGCAUAAGAGAUACUGAAUCUGUGCAAGAAUUUCAAGAAAGGUUAAAACAUGGCAGACGUAUGGUUAUUGUUGGUAAUGGCGGUAUUGCAUCAGAAAUAGUGCAUGCUACUAGAGGUAUCCAAAAAAUUUGGGUGAUAAGAGAUGAUUACAUUUCUGCUACUUUUGUAGACCCAGGAGCUGCAGAAUUUUUCCAAGAUUCCUUCAAACAUACAGCGACUGAAGAUGGCACUAAUAAAAAUACAAUUUUACGUCGUCAUGUGUUUACAGAAGAAGACACUGUAGUUUCGCUUAACAAAAAUCUCAAAUCAGCUGCAUUGGGCCCAGAUUGGUAUAGAAAACUAGAAAAUAUAAGGAAUGACCAUGGAGAACAAGAAUUAGAAAUUAUUUACAAAGUAGAAGUUAAAUCUGUACUUGAAAAUGAUUCAGAAUAUCCUCUAAGAAUAGAGCUUACCAAUGGGAAAGUCAUAGAUUGUGAUUUUGUUAUAUCAGCUACAGGGGUUGAGCCAACUGUAAAUUUUACAUGGGAUCAGGAGCCUCAAAAGGGUCCAGAUGGAGGUUUAUCUGUUAAUGAAUUCCAAGAAACUACUGUGCGAGAUGUGUUUGCUGCUGGUGAUGUAGCAUACGCUGCGUGGGAGCAUGCUCCUCAUUGGUUCCAAUUGAGGCUAUGGACACAAGCGAGAAAUAUGGCUGGAAUGGCAGCAAAGGCAAUGCAUGCUAGAAUCACCAACCAAGAAGUUCUACAAGACUUUUGCUUCGAGCUAUUUACACAUUGUACCAGUUUAUUUGGAUACCGAGUUGUAUUAUUAGGAAAAUAUAAUGGACAGGGAUUAGGAAAUGAUUAUGAAAUUUUACUAAGGUAUACACCCCGAGUAGAGUACAUUAAGUUUGUUCUUCAGAAUGGAAGAUUACAAGGAGCAAUAUUAAUUGGUGAAACUGAUUUAGAAGAGAUGUGUGAAAACUUAAUUCUUGAUCAAAUAGAUUUGACACCAUUUGGUGACGAUAUUUUAAAUCCUGACAUAGAUAUUGAUGAUUAUUUCGAUUGAGGUCUUUUCUGUUAACUUUGUAUUAAAAACUAAGUGCAAAGAUG